AUGUCUAAACUAUUUAAAUACAAAAAAGUUGGAAAUAACAUGAUGGUUAUUACCAAAGAUUCUAAUGAAUUGAUGGAACAAUUAAGAAUAGAGCACUCUAAUCUUUGCAAGUCCAUUUCUGAACUUGAGAUGAAGAGAUAGUUGAUAGAGGAUAAAAUGAGAGAAUUAUCAAUCAAGUUAAAUUCCUCCUCAUAGCCUAGUGAUCAACCAGACAUCCCCAAACUUAUAUAUAAAUUUCCUUGUGAUUCCCAAUAAGAUCAAAGAACAUUAGAUGAAGAAGUAAUCUUUCAAACUAAUGAUUAUUAAGAAUUCAUUCCUGAUUUUUAAGCAAGUGAAACGAAAACUAAAAAAGAAUUAUUUAAUUAUUUUAGUUAUAAAUCAGAUGUCAAAGAUCUAUUCAACGAUCUUAAUGAUGCUAAUAAUCUUAAAAGGCUUGCAGAAGAAUUUGGAGUUAAAUCAAAUAACAACAAUAAAAUGAAAUAACAAGUUCAAAUGAUUUAGAAUUACUUAUAAAACCAAUCGUUUCCAUCUAAAUGGAAUAAUAUCUAUAAUGCAGAAUUAUUUGAUAAAUUAGAAAUUUGA